CGGGCGCGCUGCCGUGCGCCAUGCCUGCGCUCCCGGUCGCCAUGCUGAAGUGCGAGAUGACGGGCGGUCAGGUGAAAGUAUUUGGGAAAGCAAUACAGACCUUAUCACGAGUGAGUGAUGACCUGUGGCUAGACCCAUCUGAGAAAGGUCUUGCUCUGAGAUCUGUGAAUUCCUCUCAUUCAACAUAUGGCUGUGUCCUGUUCUCGUCUUUGUUUUUUCAACAUUAUCAAUGGUCACCCUCAGCCAUGAUGAGUGAUAAUGGCAUACCCAUGAAUUUAAAUUGCAAAUUGGCAAUAAAGUCAAUUCUGCCAAUCUUUAGGUGUCUGAAUUAUCUUGAAAGAAGUGUAGAGAAGUGCAGAAUAGUCGCCAGAACGGAUAAAUGCAGAGUCGUCUUUCAGUUCUUCUGCAGGCAUGGUAUUAAAAGAACGCACAAUGUGUAUUUCCAAGACAGCCAGCCCUUGAAAAUUCUCUUUGAAAAGAGCUUGUGUGCCAAUAUCCUGAUGAUUAGACCAAGAUUGCUGGCUGAGGCCAUUGUUCUUCUAACGUCAAAUCAAGAGGAAGUCACCUUUUCUGUUACUCCAGGGAAUUUCUGCCUCAAGAGUUCGAGUGGGGAAUCCCUGGAUUUAAGCAGUUCUGUGUACAGUGAGAUGUCUUUCGGCCCAGAAGAGUUUGACUUCUUUCAAGUUGGACUUGAUACCGAAAUAACAUUUUGCUUUAAAGAACUAAAGGGGAUCCUCACCUUUUCAGAAGUGAUGCACGCUCCCAUAGCCAUCUACUUUGACUUUCCUGGGAAACCGGUUGUUCUGAGUGUUGACGACAUGCUCUUGGAGGCGAACUUUAUCUUGGCCACGUUAGCGGAUCAGCCAAGCAGAGUGUCUUCACCACAGUCACUGUGUCUUUCCCAGACACAAAGAAGGCCAGACCCCACACGGUCAAAUGCCCAGGGGUGUAAAAGCCAAGUCAGCCAGGCCCCAGAGAGCAUCUCUCGAGCAGCACCCAAGAGGCUGUUUCCCAGGGAGCCUCCGGACAGCGGCUCUGCAACAGAGACCGAGAGAGCCAGCGCCAACCAGGACGACAUCUCUGAAGUGCCUGAAAGUGUUGUCAGUGACGUGGAGGAAGGGCCAAGCCCUUCACACCUCACGAAGUUUUCCUGCAUGUUCUUCGGAGCAGUUUCUUCUGAGCAGCAAGAACACGCCGGCCACCCUUUGGACAGCCUGGCAAUAGCAAGUGACAGUGAAGAGGACAUGAGGGGAUGAGUGUCCACAGCCGGACACUCAGAGAUAGCUGCACCGGGUGCUGAGCUAUGGCUCCUUGAAGGCCAAGGGAGAAUGGACCAGACACUGUUCCCGGGCUUUCCUAAUAUCACUGUGCACUACAAAUCCAUUGUGCCACUUGGGGACAGAGCUGGGCACAGGAAUGAACAUAUCAAGGUUCUUUGUUUUGCUUUAUUGAGAGAGAGUUUCUCUGUGUAGUUUUGGUGCCUGUCCUGGAUCUCGUUCUGUAGACCAGGCUGGCCUUGAACUCACAGAGAUCCGCCUGGCUCUGCCUCCCGAGUGCUGGGAUUCAAGGCGUGUGCCACCGUCACCUGGCCAUAACAAGGUUCCUAGACACCGUUUACCCUGCAGCCUUGACAUGUCCUCUGCCGGUCCGUAAAGGCAGACUUUCCUCAGCAUCUCGGUGGAAGGGGGCGUUUCUCAGGAGCCCCCAGGACUCUUGUGUACAUGACUGAAGACAACAGUCAUGCAGCCUUUCUUAUGCAAUGACCUGGCAGUUUCUGUUCAUUGUAGGUUGUGAAUAAAGAAAUCUACGGUUUAUCCCUCA